ACUCUGCGUUUUUUUUUCGGAAUAUUGUUCUCCCUGUAAAUUUGGCUGUGUUCAUUGAUAAAAUAGCAAUCAGCUGAUUAAUUUAAUCAUAACAAAAAUAAAAUUUGGAAAAAAGAGACGCCACCGGCAAAAUGGAAAAUGCAACUAAAAUAAUAAGAAAGCGAAAGUCGUGGGCAGAUGAUGGCGAAGUGGCGAUCUUAGAUGUAUGGGCAGAGCGUGUAUCGGACCUCCGCGGCGCAAGGAAAAAUGGACACGUUUAUAAGGAAAUGUCUGCGGAACUCAAUAAAUUAGGGUACAAUUAUAAUGCUAGAGAUAUUCAAGUGAAAUUGGCCAUCUUCACACAGCGGUAUAGAAAGGAGAAAAUGGCAAUGGGGCCGCCAGGUGGGUCACCAUCAACAUGGCCGUUUUAUGGAACAGUACACCAAAUAAUUGGUGGAUUCAAAAUAAAUGUAUUCAAUCAACUGGCAUUUGAAAGUAUCGACGAAAGCGACAAUAUAUCGGCGGUGGGUACGCCACUAGCCCCUAUAGAACUGUCAUCACCAUCACCACUGCCAACACCAUCACCACUACCAUCGUCAUCGCCAUCGCCAUCGCCAAAUAUCUCGGAUCCUGCAAAAAAGGAAAAUAGAUCAGAUAGCAAUAAAAAAGUUAUUGAAAAAUUAGACCAAUUAUCCGAGGAGAUAACCAAAUAUAUGAAAAAAAGUGAAGAAAAUGAACAUGGCAUUAUCACAUUCUCUGCUUUUAAGUGGCCAAAGGCAUUCUCUACAACUCUGCGGCAUUUUGAUAGCUUGUAG